ACAGUCGUCGCUGAUUUAGCCAACAGUUCGGACGCGGUGCGUGAAAAGUCAAAAGAAAAUUCGUAUGUGGCUGGCAGAUGUUGAGUGUAAAACAUAAAUAGAUAUAUACACAUAAUUACAUUUAACGACCUAAAUAGAAAUUUUAAAAUAAACGACGAAAGUGAAAAGCAAAACAAAAAACUGAAACAACUCACUUCAAUUACACUCAACUAAAAUUCAAAACACUCAAUUGGUUAAUAAAAAUACAAACAAACAUCAACCACCAACGAAAAUGAGUCAAUCAUGCCUACCAGUCAAUGCCAAAAUGUCGAAGGCAAAGAAAGUGUUGGAUGAAGCGCGUGAAACGCAAAAUCGUGAACUCGAUUUGGUGGACAAGGGCAUUAGUUCCUUUGAGGAGUUACCGGGAUUGUUCAACAUGUCCUACAUAACAAGACUCACGCUGAGCCACAACAAGAUCACCAUGAUCAGUCCGGGCAUUGCCAAUCUGCUCAACUUGGAAAUAUUGAAUUUAUCCAAUAACGGUUUACGUGAGCUGCCCGUUUCACUAUCGUCAAUGCCAAAAUUGCGUAUACUCAAUGUCUCACUGAAUCGACUGGACAGUCUACCGCGCGGCUUUGGCGCAUUCCCUGUGUUGGAGGUGUUGGAUCUCUCCUACAACAAUUUGAAUGAAAAUGUUUUGCCUGGAAAUUUCUUCAUGAUCGAAACACUGCGUGCCCUCUACUUGGGUGACAACGAUUUCGAGCAUAUACCCAAGGAGUUGGGUAAUUUGAAGAAUUUGCAAAUACUUGGCUUGCGUGACAACGAUCUGCUCGAUUUGCCACGUGAAAUUGGCGAUUUGACGCGCCUACGUGAAUUGCAUAUACAAAACAAUCGCCUGCAAGUGCUGCCGCCCGAGGUGGGCUACCUCGAUUUGCUGGGCAGCAAGUCGGUGAUGAAGAUGGAGGAGAAUCCAUGGGUGGUGCCCAUACAGGAGCAGUAUUUGUUGGGCAUAAGUCAUGUCAUCGAGUAUAUCAAAACGGAAACGUACAAAAUUCUCUACAAUCGGCUUAUAAAAAGCGAUCGUGGACCGCCACCACCAAAGGCUGAUAAGAGCAAGAAAGCCUCGCGUGUGCGCGCCUAAGCUGAAGCUCAAGCCAAAUGCCGUUGUCAUGAGUCAAGUUCGAGUUCGUCAGACCACAGAACGUAGUGCCUUUAUGUGGAAAAUGGAAUGAUUUAAAUAAAUGUUUUUCGAUUGUAUUAACAAUAUAUGUUUUGUAAUAAUAUAUAUAUGCAUACAUACGUAUAUGCUUUUGUACUAAUAUUUUUAAGUAAAUGUUAAAUUAUUU